GUGAAACUAGGUUCAAAGUCUGCCGAAGUUCCAGGUUCUGAGAUGACCUCCUCAAUGAUGUCAUAGAAAAGUUGCCUGUAUGUUCCAUCCAGAAUGCCAUAAUUAGUGGGAGAGCUACAGUGAUCCACCUGAGCCAACAGGAGAGGGUCAGCAGUGAGUCCCAGAUGUUAAUCAUGGUGCAGGAUGAAUUCAAAGAGUUAUUACGAGCUGCUGGGAGAAGGCUUGUGGUGGUGGAGUUCUCAGCAAGGUGGUGUGGCCCCUGCAAAAGGGUUGGCCCCAUUUUCCAGGCAAUGUCUUUAAAAUACCAAAACGUCAUGUUUGCUAAUGUGGAUGUGGACUCAUCAAAGGAAUUGACUCAACUUUGUCACAUCAAAGCCGUACCCACAUUUCAGAUGUUCAAGUACACCAAAAAGGUCCCUCUAUUCUCGAGACUCAAAAGAACACUGUGCUGUCUCAGACGUGGAGCGGAGACUAGAAAGAUUUAUGAAUUUCAUGGAGCUGAUGAAAAAAAGCUGGAAGCGAAGAUUCAAGAGCUAAUGUGAACUGCCACCUAAAACCAAACAUACCUGUGACAUUUUCUAAAGCCUCA